AUGGUUUUACUGCUGUUGAUGGACUUGCCGCCGGCUGUCAGAAAUAAUGUUCUUCAGUUUCUUCCACAACAAGCGCUCAUCAACUUGGCGUCUACCAACUAUGUUUUCUAUAAACCUUGUAUGCAGCGGUUAUACGAAAAGAUCCUCAUACAAAAGGAUCCCAUCUUGAAGAGUGAUCCAACAGGAAGAAAAAACGACUUUCUGGAUGGAAACCAUACUGUUAUAUAUGGCUUGAGCCACCAGUCUAGCAAAGGAAAAGUAUGGAGCGAUUCUGCUCAACUCAAAAUGAUCAACGCCCGAUUGUCCGUUUUGAACCUGUCACUCAGUAUCAAUACUGAGUUGCUUGGGUUUAUUCGAGAAAUUCAUAUCCUCGACGACUUUAACAAAUUUGGCCAUGAUCAUGCAAUUGUGGAAAAUCUAACUAAGCUUGUAGUGCAGUUGAAGGGUUACCAAUUGGACAAGUUCUUUAUUGGAAGCGUCAAAUUGAGAAAAAAGAUAGAUGUCUCAGGGAUCAAGCUAAAAUCUGUAGUAGUUGAUACCGUAGAACAGUUCAAUGCCCUAGGCAUGGAUUACUUACCAGUAGAGAAAUUGAACAUUCACAACUUCAAGAAACUUGAAUUAGAGUCCCUUAUUUUACCUUCAGAGGAAAGAUCUUACUGGAAUUUUGCCAAAGAAAUCAUUAUUGCUCAUAACUUCAAUCUUAAGGUUGCAACCUUCAAAUUGAUGCUAACUGAAGGUAUCGAUGUCUGCGUCCAGUUGGUUAAAAGUUUAUACUGGCCACACGUAAAGAACUUGGAAAUCAUUUUGGGUAAUGAAGAGGAAGACCUGGAUUUGGUUAUCGAUUUGCUAAAUUUAAUUCCAACUGAAUAUUGUAUUCACUUGGAGAAGCUUUCAAUUAUCCAAUACGGAGUCUAUACCACUCACAAAAGCAAUGAAAUAUUUGAUAUGAACAUCAUUAAUUUCAUAGACAACCUUGUACAAUUCCAAUCGCAGUCGAUAACGAAGUCCAAGUUGAGGUACAUUUCUAUCAAGCACAACUUACCAGGCACUGCUAAUUUCGACGAUGGUUUCGAGGGUAAUUAUUUGAGGCGCUACAAGUUGUUUGGCCAUGUGCUUCCAAAAAUUCUAGUAAGUCACAGAGAUGAAGAACAGCUGAAAAUAAAUUUAUUCCUUCCAAACUUGUUCCAGUCAUUCGCUUGUUAUGAUCAGCCGAUGAACACAAUGUUGUGGAACGGAUGCAAGUGCCAACAUUGUGAAGAAUACCUAGGAAAGCUAGAUCACUUUUUGAUGUAUCACAAAUAUUACAAUUUCAGAUUGAAAUCAUACAGAGACUUAAAUUCUUCAUUGAUCAUGUUUACAAUCGGCCACUUUUUGUCUCAGAGGCUCCCAGAGAAUGAAUUGCUAACAGGAUUGUGCUACUUGCAUUUUCCACUUCGGAAUGUUUUGUGGAACUUUCACGACAAUGCAAUCAAAGUACCUUUCCGGUGCUACGAUAUACAGAUAGUUGACCAAGGAGAAUACGACGGGGAAAAAGAUGAUCUAGAGGAAGAAGAGGACGUAUUCCAUGAUGCGCAAGACGAAAUUUCGCAUUGUACGUAUAAUUCAGCAGUCUACAAUAGGAACAUACCAAUAUGCAUAUCCCAUUAUUUGGAUGAUUUGGUUUUGAAAUUGAUUAAUUUGAAUCGAGGCAAUGCUGAAUCGGACGACUUAGGAGGCGAGUUUAACGACGGAGGUGAUAGUGACGAUCUUAAGUUGAAUAUUAACAAAUUGCUGUUAAAUGGAAUUUCGUUUACGCUCGACAAGGAAUUGAACGGAACCCACUUUUUUGAAGACCUAUACGACUAUUAA